AUGCAGCUUUCUGUGCUCCUGAGCGCACUUAUAUCUCUCGCCAUUCUUGCUGCAGCGUCGCCCACGCCAGGAGCCAUCUCGAAACGUUCCUUCGAACGAAAGAAUCUUAACACGAACCUCCCAGAAGAGGGUAAGAAGCGCGAGGAGCUGAAGUCCGACUUUAUAAUAUAUGCUUGGUACGACGGUCCAGGCAGUGGAGACAAGAAGCGCAAGGAGCUUGGUUCGGGUAUCAAUUACGACGAAGUCGACUAG